ACUACAGAGGAAUAAUUUCAGAAUAGUCAAAAUUGAAAAUGACAAUGACAGCGGAAAGAAACAAGCGCAAAUCGCGACUCAAACAAUUUAGCUCACGUUUAUUAUGUUUGUACAUUAGUUUAUAGAAGAUAAUUUUAUGGUAACAUGCAAGUUUUGAAUUUGUUAAUAAAUAGCCAAUGUUAUUUGUCAAUUUUUUAUGUUUAUUAUAUCUGAUGUUACUCGUCAACGGACUUACUGUAUCUAAAAAUAUUGACAACUCGUAUUUUGAUGAGAGAGUGGACAGCUUACACGACUUGGAAUACACCACACGAUACAAAUCUAAACAUGACAAAUUCCUCCACAAGCAUAGAAGGAUUAAAUCAGGCGUCACCACACCCACAAGCAAGAUCCCUGUUAGAGUAACCACACCCCAAGCAAAUUCUACAGAAGCCACAUAUAAGGCGCAACAUUAUAAACUACACAAAUCCACAAAAAGAAGAAUUGGAGGAUUUUGGAGAAAAUUUAAAAUUAAAGAAGAUAAAAAAUUAGAACGCGAGAAAAGACUGAAAUAUCAAACAGGGAAUUUACAGUAUAAGAGGCCACUUUAUGGCAGUGGAUAUGAAGGCAUCGAUAACAAACUAGUUACAAAAAAAAAGAAAUACUCGUACCCGAUUUCUUUUGAAAAGAAAAAACGAGAAACCAGGAAUGAAGUUACCAAUAUAUCAAAUAAACAAAAAAACGAGAAGAGUUUUAAGAACAUGGAAGUAAAUAUCACGCCAUACGAAAAAUUUAAUGGUACUGUUAAAGAAACAACACACAUGAAAGCUAUAUCUACUGACGAAGAACUAAAAAAUGUUUUAAAUACAAUGACAACAAAAGUAGCUGAGCUAAAACACCUAUAUGGAAUGGAAAAAUAUAAGCCAAUUUACCCUUCUACUCAUAAAGUUCCAUACACAACCAAACAUACUACUACUCAGUCUACUACAGAAAAUCUGGAUAUACCAGGCACUGCCCAAUUAGAAGCUUUACUAAAUGACAUAAAAGAAAAAGCACUACAUUUAAUUGUGGAACAGAAUCCAGACAUUACUGACCUUAUAACAAAUACAGUCACCGAAGCCACUUUUGAAGCGGAUCCUUUACUUACUCAUUUAGAAAUUAAUAGCCCAGCGUUUUCACUCUACACUUUUAUUACUUUAAACAGUGACUUCGGAAAAAGGGACAUCAAUAUUACUAAAUCUGAUGAUGAGAAAAGUACUGUUGUAGAAAUGUCGACGAAUUAUAAUAGAGAAGGAAGAUCAGUCGCAGAAGACGCCAUGACAGCAGCACAAAGUAUCGAAGAUAUACUACAAAAAGAAAUGAAAAAUAUUUAUAAGAAGGUCAAAAACAAAGUUUCUGGGGAUUUUCGUAAAGAAGUGGAGAAAGUUAAAACUACGCUUAAACCGCAAAGCAAGAAAACAUGUAGUAAAGAUCCACCAGCUAAACAACCUAUCACUACCAAACCUGCAACAGAGAUAAAUAAAAAAUCUAAAAGCACCACACAAUUACUGCAAAAUCGUGUCGACAGAAAAUCUGGUAAACACACGAAGGUCACAGAACAGGAACUAACCACUACGCCUACCGCAGAUGAUUAUGCAUUACUAACUUUAUACGAGCAAAUGUUGACAAAAACUUGUCAAAAUAAUAUCAUGAAUAUGGUAACAGCUCAAGACAGAAUAAAAAGGAAUAAAAGAAAUAAGAAAUUAGUUUCAAAACGUAAUUUUGAAACAUUAUUUGACCAAAACUUAAAAGAAGAUGUUAAGAAAUUGUAUGAGGAUAGAGAAGAAAUCCCAGACGAUCUUGAAUAUAAUUUUGAAGUAAAUAUUCCGGAGGUAUCAACAGCUGAAACUGCAACAGAGCCUGAUUACUCCCAAUCUGCAAACAAUGAAGCUCAAUCGCAACAUGAAAUGGAAGAUGAUGGAAACACGGAAAUGACUCCUUAUGAUGAUAACAGCUAUGAAGGUCUUUCGAGUAAAAUAUCUUACAAUGAAUACGUCAACGGGUAUAAGCACUACUUGAAUUUUCAAAAAGAACAAGCUAAUGAAAAAUUCUCCAAUUUAAUCAGAUACCAAGCGCAUAGACAUCACAGUGUAGAUGACAUCGGUAAAUAUAUAUUAAACAAGAUUCCACAGCUACCAUCAAGAGACAAAAGGUUCUUUGAAUACGAAGAUGAUCACGAUUCAUCAACGAAAAAUGAAGAAUCGUGGUUUAAGAAGCAUUUCUACAUGUUUAUUGAUAAUGGAACGCCUAAAAAAUAUCACACGUCUCAGACAGUAUCAUUAAAAUCUCCUACACCUGAUCCAUAUGACAAAUCAGGGCGUAAAAUGGAGGACAUGGAGAGAUCUGAGCUUGAUGACAAGCUAAGAGUAUCACCAGAAGCCGAAGAGAAUGCUAUAGAUAUCAAUCUAGAAAAAUUAUCUCAGGUAUUAGAAGAACAUAAAGCAACCCCUGCCGCAUUACCGGUACAAGAUAAUGCUUUCAAAGAAUCAGUCUUAAAAAAUGCGGGUAAACGUCACGGCCAUAUUUUUAAAUCAUUUACACCUCCUCAUAUAAUCAAUAGGGUGUUUGGUAAAGAUCAUAAGGGUCUUGAAGGGAGUGAGGUAGAAUCAAAUAAUCUAGGACUGAUUGCUAAUAGCCUGGAAGCAGGAUAUUUAAAAGAUGAAAAUAAUAAAGAUAUUAGUUUUUUAUUCACGAAUGAAUUAAAUAGAAAGAAAAGAAACACAAAAGAGCUUCAAGAAAAGCCAACCACGUUCGGUGAAAAACUGAUGUUUCAAACUAAAAAGAGCGCAAAACUUGUCAAUUUGACCAAGAAAAAAACUGAUAAUGCAAAAGUCGGAUGUGUUGAUAUCGGCUUAGUAGUACCACCAACAGCAAUAGUAAAAUUAAGAGGUACGAAACGUAAAGAUAGCAAACUAAAGAAGCUGCUUCAGAAACUACAUUUAUCAAAGUCUAAUAAAAAAGUAAAGCGUAAUAAUCAAAGCACAAAAUAUAUGCGAAAACAACGUUCAAACCCAUUUCAGAAAUUAAAAAACAUUUUUAAAUCAACACCAAAGAGCAAAGUUUUAAAAGCCGGUUCCCAUCUUUCGGACUACGACAUCAUGUCAUCGCACAUAGAUACAUUCAAACCAAUGAAAUAUAAUAAAGUUUUGGAUAUUGAGGAGAUGAAAAAGCAAAUACCAAAUAUCACGGCUGAAAUGAGCGUCGACCCUUCGGCAAAAUAUGCAAGUCGCGUAAAUUCUUGGAAUCCUCGAACAACUGAGAAGAGAUUGACAGAUUUCACAGUACAUUUAAAUACAACUUUAACAAGUUUGCACAUAAAUCCUGCUACAAAUUCACCACCGCUAGUUGAAGGUUAUAAUAAGUUCCCAAUAACUAAAACAACUAAGAAAAGCAAAUCUCACAACAUAGAAAGCUUAUUUAAAGUAAACGUUGAAACAAAAUCAUCAAGCGGACCUUACAAACAAAUUAUAAGUUUUCCACAACAUAUGCCUCUAAACGACAUCAAAGAUCAAGUGGAAAACAUAUUUAUCAAAAUAACAUCAGAUCCAAGCAAUAAAAUCAAUCCAACUGAUGAUACUACAGAAUCUAAAUAUUUAAUGAACAAUAAGAUGCCUGUCAAUAAGGAUAUAUUAAAAUUAGAUAUAAAUUCUUUUUACACCAAAAUGCCGAAAAAGAAAAAAUAUUCAAAACCGAAUUCGAAAAUCAGGCCUAAUUCAGAGAUACAUACAAUUUUAGAUUUGGAACAAAACUCAGAAUUUGUUGAUGACGAUAGUUAUGUACAAACCUCUAAACCCAAGUUUAACGUUAAUGAGAUAAAUGCACAAUCGCCUGUAUCCAUGCUAAUACCAACAGACAGUUUACUAACCCUCGGCCACUCAGUACAUGAUGAGGAAAAAGAAAAAUACAAGCCAUAUCCAGAUUAUUUUAGCGACUUACUGAUGUGGAAUAAAGACAUACUAAACUCUGAUAAAGUGCCGAGCCCUUGGCGGGAUAUACUAAAAAAUAUGAACCGUGAACUCGAUUACACUACUCCCGACAUAAGUGAAAUUCAACAGGAAAUAAUUCAAAUUAAUGAUGGUACAAAUGUAAAUGUCAAUAAUUUUAAAGAAACACCGAUAUCUACAUAUAUCCACAAAAGUAUAACACCAAGAAAUUGGCUACAAAGCAUGGUUGUAGAGAAACCGCCUAUUGGCAAAAGCAUUUUGAUAGAACAGGAGAAGAAGUUCGUAAAGUUUGAUCCAAAAAUAACAGAUAGGCAUCUAAAAGCGGCUGACUUCGUUAAUGAAUUGAACAAAUUUGCUAAAACUCUUUCGGAUGAAACUAAAUAUAAGUUGAAUAAAAUACACGCCGUACCAGAACAUUGUUUAGGGAACAAAGAUAAUAAAGAUCAAUCAGCAAUUUUAGUAGACACUACAUUGUUGGCUUAUGAUGAUGAUGUCAACUAUAUUUCCACUUUAACACCACGAGAGUUGUCUAAAAAUGCGCUGAAAAGCGCCAAUGUGGAGAACAAUGCUGCAGCAUCCCUUAAAGCAAAAACUAAUAAGCAGCCUUUGCAAUACUUUGCUACGCCGUUACCAAUGAAGAUGACUGACUUUGAAGAUUUUCUGAAAGCUAAUAGGUUAGAUGUUGAAUCUGUGACAUCGCCCAUCGUCGAUCUACCCACAAUGGACGCUUACGCUUCAAAGAAAAGUUCGAGAGCAAAAAGUAUAAAAAAAGUCAGACCUACCAUUGCAAAGAAGAAACAUAAACCUACCAGAACUAAAACUAAAUUUAAAACACACGAGCGUCGUGUUACCAAAGCAAGCACCCUUUCUAUUGUCAAUAAUAUGAAGGACUCAGAAAAUCAAUUUGAUUAUUUGAAUGAUCUUGAAAAGGAUAUUUUCAAUGAUUAUGAUUUUGAGGAAAAAGAGAGAUUUAAAAGAUAUAAUGAGCAUUACAACAGUUAUUUUACGAAUUUCAACCAAGAUACCAAUCAGUGGAGUAGAGCAAACAAAGGUAUGCAGAAGCAUAAACCAGAUGUCCCAAAACAAUUUAUAAACGAGGAGAGUGACUUUAAGAGUAAUGAAAUCGCAGAAACGACAGAGGAUAUGACACCAAAAGAUUUUGAGAUAACAAUAAUUAAUUUUGGCGAUAUAAAUAAGUUAACAGAUGAAUACGCUCCAAUUCAAAGUGAAACUACAACUACCACGGAAGCUUCUGAAAAGUUCCUUAAAAACGCAAUAAAGACACCUCUAAGUGUGGAUUUCAUUGAAAAAGGUUCUAAAGACACGGAAUUUCUACAUAAACUUCAUAAUGAUCUUUUUUAUGAUCACGCAUAUACAAAGAGAAAAGAAACGACAACAGGAAUGACAGAAACAAUAAAAAUAGAAGAAACAACGAUGCCUACACCUCCAUUAGCAUUUCAUGAAGCGGUAUGGAAAAAAAUGCCAAUAAAAACUUAUCAUGAACCUAAGCGCGUUCGUAUAAGUAGCCAGAGUUACAAAUAUGAUAUUAUUUACCACCAUCCAGAGAAAAAUAAAAAAGAUCGUGGUACUCACCUUCCAUCAUACAUCAUAACGACUGAAGUUACGACACCCGAGGAAUGGUAUCCGUCAUAUAACAGUGACUUCGCUAGCGCAGGAGAAUCAGAUGUGGCUAGAGGUGACUGCGGCAAGAAGAGGCUCGUUCGAAAAGUAAAUAUAUCAAGCGAAAAAUCUGCUACAGGAAGCAAAUAUUCACCAACGUUCACUUUAAACCCAACGACAAAAAAACAUUGUCGUCAUCAUAAAUUGAAGAGGUUAUUUCCAGUGAUACAAGAUAAGUUGAGGAUAUUUUCCAAAAAUUCAAGCACAUAUUCAGAUUUUGUUCAAAAACCUUCAACUAUUAUUUUAUCAAGCACUUCUGUAAAAUCCAAAGGAAAAGCAACCAAAAAAGGGAAUAUUAAGAAAACUGACAAAGAAGUGCUAUGUAACGAAAAAGUAGAUAACGACUAUGAUAAUAAAAACAACGAUGAUGCAAGAAGAAUCAAAAUUACGAGGGUAUAUCUUGACACUUCCCACAGUCAGAACCCUGCGACAAUGUCUAAUGUAACAGACGUUUACGAUAAUAAAGACUUUAUCAACAAGAGAGAAAUUCAAAGCUCAGGGACACAUACGGCCAAAGACGUGGCAGCUCUUGAAGUCAUUGUAGACAUGAUGAAGAAUCCAAUGAAAAGCGAUGAAAAUAAUAAAAAUUCCCCUAAUAUCAGAAAUGACAAGGCUCAGAGCAAUGAUAAAGUAAACGCUAAUACAAACUCUAUACAAGUACAUAUAGCCGUACCCUACGAAAUCGAAAAUUGUAAGAAAAGAUCACUAGAAGCAGUUAAAGUGAGGAAAGUUUUCACAGCUAAGUUAUCUACACCAGUGGAUAUAGAAUACCAAGUACAUUCCCUCGAAGAUCCACCUACCACACAGGAACCUUUGGAUGACAUGGGUGGGUUAUCACCAGGUGUUUAUCUGCUAGUAGACAACACCUACUUUCCGCAAGGUGUAGCAUUGAAACCUGUUAUACCUAAUAAUAUUUCGGCUAUGAAAGUAAGGCAAAUAAAGACUACGACGGAAAAAUGA